GGACACACACAAACAAAAGAAAAAACAUUGAAAAAAUAUUAAAUUUCUUUUUUACUUAAGUUGUGGUUGAGAGAGUUUCAACCUAGUUUCUUCUUCCAAACACUCCCUUGCCGCUUCCUAAAAAGGCAACAUUACCAUUUUCAAAACCCAUAAGAACAAUAGUUCUUCCUCUAUUUUCACAACAACAAAAAAAAUCAUAUUUGGGUGCAAAAUAUUUCUCAGGUUUUUUAGAAGAAUCUUCAUGCACUAGCUUGCAUAGUGUGGAAAUUAACUUGAGAAGUAGCCAACUAGGACUCAUGCUAGCUGUAUCACCAUUGAUGAGUGCAAGAGAUGAGAGCCAAAGAGAGAUGGAGGAGAGUUUAUCGAUUGAAACAUGUGAUUUUGCUGAUCUUUCUGAAGGGACUUUAUUGGAAAGCAUCAAUUUCGAAUUCGACGAUGAUUUCUUCGUGUGCUUCGACGAUGGAGACGUGUUACCGGAUCUUGAGAUGGACCCGGAAAUGCUUGCCGAGUUCUCGCUCAGCGGCGGGGAGGAAUCGGAGAUGAAUUCGUCGAUAACGGUUGUGGAUAAUAGCAAGUUUUGUGAAGAUGGGAAUAUAGUUUGUGUUGAGAAAAAAUUUGAAGAGGAAGAGAAAGCAGGUUCUUCUUCAGAUUCGGGUUCGAGCCGCGGGGAGGAGAUUGUUAGCAGAAGAGAUGAGUCUGUGGUGGUGAAUCCAGUGAGUAAGGAAAGUGAGAAAGGAAGAAAAUCAUCGUCUUCUUCUCAAUCAAAGAAUAAUCAUCAAGGGAAGAGAAAAGUGAAGGUGGAUUGGACCCCGGAAUUGCACCGAAGAUUUGUACAAGCAGUAGAGCAGCUAGGUGUGGAUAAGGCUGUACCUUCAAGAAUUUUAGAAAUCAUGGGAAUUGACUGUCUUACUCGCCACAACAUCGCAAGCCACCUUCAAAAAUAUAGAUCUCAUAGGAAGCAUUUGCUAGCGCGUGAAGCUGAAGCUGCAAGCUGGACUCACCGGAGGCAAUUGUCUUGCAAGAGAGAUGUGAGUUUGAACCAUUGGGUUGCACCAACUAUGGGUUUUCCGCCUAUGACUCCACCAGUGCACCAUUUUAGACCUUUACAUGUAUGGGGGCACCAUCCCAUGGAUCAGUCCUUUAUGCAGAUGUGGCCUAACUAUUCGCCGCACCAUCCACCACCUAAUUGGGUUCCUCCACGGCCAGCUCCGCCUCCUAAUACUCCGUACUGGCACCAACGGACUCAGAAUACACCAACCGCAGGAACACCGUGCUUUCCACAGCCUCUGACAACAACGAGAUUUGCCUCUCCAACUGUUCCGGGCAUUCCUCCACCACACCCCAUGUACCAAGUAGAUCCCGGCAUGGCCGUCACCGCCGCUCAACCAUCUCCUCCGCCACACUUAGACUUCCAUCCGUCAAAGGAGAGCAUAGACGCAGCUAUUAGUGAUGUAUUAUCAAAACCAUACUUACCAUUGCCACUUGGUCUUAAAGCUCCUGCACUUGAAGGUGUGAUGGGUGAGUUACAGAGACAAGGAAUUCCGAGAAUUCCACCCUCUUGUGCUUGAAUGAGAGAGAAUGGUUUUGGUUCUUAUGCAUGACAAGGCCAUGAAACCCUAAUUCGACGAAUUUUCAUAUUCUCACUUCUUUUUUUUGUUUGUUUGAACAAAAAGAGUGAGGGACAAUAAUAUUAAGAACUUUCUUUGUUCAUAUAAUAUAUCUAAGCAGCGCAAAAAGUUUAACUCGA